GGCGUGCUUCGCGUGCCACAGCCGGAGACCGGCAUACGCCCAUUUUAUUUCUGCCCUUUAAGUUUGUCGUUGGGUGUAAAAUGCAGGUUGCAACGAAAGUGCAACGGUUUUGCGUUUUGUUGUGGUGCAUACAGCUUUCCUACGGCGUGGUUAUACCCCCACCAUUCAACUUAUGAAGUCACCAAAUAAUAAACAUGCUGGAAAGACGAUUCUGGUCAAACUGCGCUUUAAUACUACUGCUAUUAACUUCGAUAUCAAUUUGGCAUAUUUACACCAGCCAUUCCAUUACGAUCCGUUCUGCUUACGAUUACAAUACAUCAACACGAUACUCACCUCUUAGUUUCACACUCCACACCGCAAAUUCGUCAUACAAACAUCCGAUGUACCAGCUGCCCCAGUUGGAUUACAACACCUUAAUGAAUCUGACAACAUUCGACUUCGCGAUCCUGAACAAAUGCAAGACGUGGCCUCUGUUGCUCAUUCUAGUUCACAGCGCUCCCAAUAAUUACCAUCGCCGCAAAAGUAUUAGGGAGACAUGGGGAAGUAAAUUGCAAAAUGCUUCGAUCUUUUUCAUGUUGGGGCUCGCGCGGGAAUCUAGGCUCCAAAAGAAAAUUGCGGAGGAAAACAGGAACCAUCGGGAUAUCGUGCAAGGGACGUUCCUGGACGUCUACAGAAACGUGACGUACAAGCACGUCAUGUCGCUCAAAUUUGCAAUUUACCAUUGCCCGAACGCCAAAUACAUUCUUAAGACUGACGACGACGUAUUCGUUAACAUGCCUAGGAUAGUGAAUUUUCUAACUGUAGAUUUGUCGCCGUACGGCGCCGAAAGAUUGCUUUCGUGCUCGAAACGGGCACAUUCGCCCGUCAAGCGAUCGUUCCGUUCCAAGUGGAGGGUUUCGUUCAACGAGUAUCAGAACGAGUACUAUCCGGCGUACUGUCCCGGAUGGGUCAUCAUGUAUUCGCCCGACGUCAUCUUCGUCUUAUAUCGCGAGGUGCAGAAGUUUGAUUAUUUUUGGAUCGACGACGUCCUGAUUACGGGCAUUUUGAGAGAAAGGGAAAAUAUUGAGAUACACGACGCUACUUCAAUGAUACUACCUUGCGAUAACUUAAAGAAAAUUCUACAGCACGAGAUUAUCGACCAGGGCGCUGACUUUUUGUAUGGACCGGCUGAUCUGUCAAUAAGAGAAAUGUACGCUUUAUUUCAUUUGGUCAAGAACGUCAGUAGCCUGAAAUCUAGACCGAGUGCCAGGCGAUUCCUUAAACUAUCAUCUCCGAAGUAGAUGGGUCAGCAAUCCAAAACAUCGUCGAAAUGCGAAUAUCCUGCAUCAAGUAAUAAGCUCUCAAUUUAUCCCUCGGUUUUAAUAAUUUUCGAAGAUAUAGGUAUAUGAAGUGCCUUCAUUCGCUCAUAAAAAUAUGCCAAAUUAUUUCAUGAGGUUAAAUGAUUGCGCGCCGAUUGCGUGCCGAAACUGGCCAAAAGAAAGUGUCUAAUCUUAAUUUAAUUAAUCUAAAUGUAGGAUGUUAAAACAUUUUAGAUAAUCUAAAUUAACCGUUAAAUGGUCAUAACGUUUCCAAUGUGAACUAAUAACUUUUUUUUUGGUAUUGAAUGUAAGUUGUUGGUUUUGGAAUUCAGUGUAUGAAAGGGUCCAUUUUAGUACUUAAAUAUGAAAAUGAUAUUAAUUCUAUGCAGAUUUGAGUCUAGUAAUAAUGAAAUGUUUAUUCAAUGUGACAAAUUCUUUUAAUAUGCGGAGCAUUGUAUUUUUAUACAUUAGAAAAGGUAUCCAAUUUUUUUUUCAUACCAAUUACGUGUUAAGGAAAAUUUUAUUGUUAGUAUUUAAGAGAUUUAGUUUUAGCUGUUUACGCCAUCCAGUUUCUGGUAGCAUUUUAUGAUUGUAUAGGGGUGAUUUUGUACAGGAAAUGAUAUACCUAUUUUUGUGAUUUUAGAUAGUUAUGUAAGUAUUAGAAGUAUUAGAUACUUGUUUGUUAACAUAUCAUUUGUUGCACUUGAUCUGUAAGUACCAUCACUGGCAAAGUUAAUGACCCCUCUUUUACUGUAUGUUAGUUACUUUUGUUUUAAGUGAGAAGUUGCCAACUGGUUCAAAAAUACAAGAGCAUAAAUGAGUGAGAUAUUUAAGUACCAAUUUUUUUUCAAUGACUGUACGUAACAAGCAUGCUGGAUGUAAUUUAGCACAAACUGUAAUUUAGAGUGAUUUUUCGGCACACAGUUUCUAAUGUUAUAGAAUUUGUUAGUUGCAUGAAAGACCAUUUGGUCAAUUUAUGUGAUAUUUUAAACUACAGAAUGUACACAAUUUAAAUUUGGUACCUACCUAUAAUCUAUAUACUUAUUAUAAUAGCUUAGUGAAGUAAAGUGCCAAUCAUUGACUUCUACAUUGACUUCUACUUUUAAUUUUCAGUAAGAAUUCAAUAUACCUGUAAAUGCGCAGUAUCAACCAUACUUACUCUCUCGUAACACUCCUUCAGUUUUUUAUUUCUAAAACAUGUGAAAUUCUGUAUAUAUGUACCGUACAAGGGGACUUCGAUAACAAAGAAUUUAAUUGUAAGUGGACUGUAAUUAUGAAUUACUUCCAA